UAUUUAAAACUUGUAUUGAGCCUUCCUCACCAGGUGGGGGCGCUAGAGGGCUUUCACUGGAUUUCUUCGGACCCCUCACAGAAGUUAACCUGGAGCCGUAGCUGGUACACAAGUCACCGGAUCGCCACAGUUUUUUAUCCGGCAUUUGAUCCGAUUUCUCCUGGUUAAGAAUCCUCUCAAGUUACCGCUGAAAUGUCGAAAAUCGAGAUGUUGCGGCUUCUGAUCAACCAGCGGCUUACCGCGGCUGCAGAGGAGAUUUUCGAUGUGUUUGGGAGAACCAUAGUGGAAUAUGAGAAGGAGAUCUCCCGCUCCAAGCUGGAGAUUGACCGCCAGCGCCGGCUGCUGGAGCUCUCCAGGAAGCCGCGGAUCUCCCUGCAGGCCGACAGCUCAGCCGCCUCCGAGAAGCAGGACUGGAGCUCCAGCGUACAGCUCAACGAAGAGGAACCGCCGAGUCGCAUCAAAGAGGAGGAUGUGUGGCCAGACCCACCGGGCGAGAACAACGUGGGUUUUCUGUUGUUCCAGAACAACUCGGCAAGAACGCAACAGGACAACGACUCCACCGGGUCUCUGGGCUCAAAGUUCUGCCAGGACCUGGACGAGCCGGACGUCGAUCCGCAGCCUGGUACCUCAGUCCAACAGAACUGCUCUGAGCUCAAGGAUGAUCAACCUGUAGCUGCAGGAAACAGCCAGCAUGACUGCGUUGACAUGACCCUCCCUAAAGUAGUGGACUCCUACGUCUGCACCAUCUGCGGCCAAGCGUUUUACCAGCGCAGUCAGUGGGCCAAACACACGCGGAUCCACCGAAAGGUUGACGGCAAAGGCGACAAAUCGUUCACGUGCGACAUUUGCGGGAAGAGACUGACGCGGUCGGACGGCUACCAGAAACACCUGCGGGUCCAUACGGGCGAGAAGCCGUACAGCUGCCACGUGUGCGGCCGCAGCUUCAGCGACAACUCCAACUUCAAGCGGCACAUCCGCAGACACAUGAAGGAGAAGUCCCAGCAGAGCUCAGGCUGAGAGAGGCAGCGGUCGCAACCACCACUGAACGGACGCACAAAACCACUUCAGUAUUUCUCUAACUGUCCUUUUUUUAAUCAAGUCUGUUCUUGGACAUUAGAGUGGAUUAUGUACCUUUUAGCUGCCAUUGUUUUUAGUGAUGUGCUGCACAAUGGUAGCAUUGCUGCCUUGCAGGAAGAAUGUUUGAAUCCCAGCCUGGGUAUGCCUUCCACAUGCAAAAGACUGUUCGAUUGACUGCUCUCUACAAAUUCUCCUUCGGUGUGUGCGUGCGUGCGCGUGUGUGUGUGUGGCCCCGCCUAUCGUCCAGUGACUGUUGGAGAUGGGAAGCAGCCCAGUCAUAUUUUUGUGAGCUAAUUACAGUUUUGUAAAGUUCUGACCUGCUGAAAUCCCUGCACCAACUGUGUCAUGUUUCAUUCAAAAUCUAAUUUCUUUUCAUUUUAUUUGGGACUGAAUUGUUUCUUAUUUUUUAUAAGUAUUUCUGCCUUAAAUCUGUCUUUGGAAAAUUACAAAGACAUAUCGUUCAGGUUUCUGGACGUAGAUGUUUGUUUUUGCACUUAUAAAACAACUGAAAAUGAACUUUUGUCAGACAGAUUUUUAGCUUUUUUGGGGGUUUUUUUCAUCCUUUUUUACUUGUGCAAGACAUAAAAGUGCACUAUUACACUGGAUGGCUCAGUUUCUACAAGAUAAUGAGUUACAAUAAGUUGAAGUGUCUGAAUUAAUGUUUGACGAUAAAGUUAUAGGUGUGAGUUUGAGUGGCGCUGCAUGUCAGCAAGAUUAUACUAAUCACAGUGAAGGGGAAAAAGAAACCUUAUGGAUAUGUGAAUCACAGGAAAUUUAAAAAUAGGGGCAUUUUAAAUUGACUUCUUUAAUUGAAUAAAAGGUUUACACAGAUGAUAGAGUUCAAAAGUGUACAUGUUUAAAUGCUGUGUUUUUGUGACCAAAAUAAAUAUUUCAAAAGUUU